AUGGCUAGGACCAACAAUCUUGUAGCACUUAGCCUCUUUCUUCUCUUGAGCAUUGGAUUAAGCGACGCCAUUAGGGUGGCUAGAUACUCCAGUUCUCAAGGGACGGGACAAGGAGGGGGAUAUGGUGGGGCGGAUCAGAACGGUGCAGGCUCAGGGGUCGGGCUUGGUUCGGGGUCCGGUGAGAGUGGUCCGGGUGGAGUCUAUGUAAGUGCUGGAGGCGGAGGUGAAGGCGGUGGCUAUUCAAAAUAUGGUGGUUCUGCGUUUGGUGGUGGGUCUGGCACGGGAUCCAGUUCCAGCCUGUUUAGCUCAGGAUCAUCAUACGGUAAUGGUGGGUCUACUCUUGCUGGGGGCAUUGGUGGUGGCGGCGGCGGCGGACAAGGUUCGGACAACAAAGGCUCUGGUGGGUACGGCACCGGCGGUGGCACGGGAUCCGGCUCUAGUGAGGCUAGUUCCGGCGACCCGCCAUCGGCCACACCGCCGUAUGCAAGUGCAGAUGCUUCUGGCAAUGGUGGUGGCAUGGGCGGUGGUCGCGAUGGUGGGACCGGUGGUGGUAAAGGCAAUGGAUCUGGAUUCGGCGAGGGACAGCCUUGA